AUGAAUGGAAAUACCAUCUUCUCAAAAGAGACGCUGAAGGAUCUCCCCUUCUGGCGGGCUGUUAUUGGACAGCACAAAGAUAAGCGGAAGGUUCUGAACCGACUGACCACGGAUAUCCAUGAGGUUAAUGGGAAGAUCGAGUUGAACAAACUUGCAUUGAUUUAUUACCAUCGUUAUAAUGAGGUUCUGAGUGUCAAUGAGGUAUGCUGCAGCUAUUUAUUGUUUGUUUUUAGGAAUUCAUCACGAAUCUGACGAUAUUAUUUUAGUCUUGGAGUAACUACCUAAAUUAAUAUUUUCGUGUGUAAUGUCCACGAUUUCCUGAACACUUUCGGUAUAAAAUCUUGCGAUGAGGCAUACAGAUUGUGUGGAAAUGCGAUUCAGACUUUUUCUUUGCCGUGAGACCUCUAAAAUUGAUCAGUCUUCUAUCUAAAGUAAUAUAAUUUCAAAGAGGGGAAAUAAAAUUCAAAAAUGUUGAUGGAAUUAGAAACUGAUUUCGUCUUAUAUAAAGCCUAAAGUAUAUUUUAUUUUCAGCUCAAUUAUUGCCUUGGAUUGAACGAAAAUUGCGUGGUCGAUUGCCUUCGGCAAUGCAAGGGCGUUUUUCGAGUCCGAAUCAGCGAGCAAUUAGUUGAAAUCAAGUUGGAGAGCCUUCCGGUCCCUGACGGACCUUGUUGUCUUGUGGUAAGCCUUUUUCGUUUUAUUUUUUUCGUUUUUAGACUCACUUGGAUAUCAGAUGUCUAGUGUAAUAUAAAAAGUUUUGAUGAAUCUCAAACUUUAUCUACAAUUGGUUAAAGCAACUUUCUUUCAUCCCAAAAUCUUUCAGCAAGUCACCGAGAAGCUUCUAGAACAGCAAGCACACUGGGAAUUUCAAAAAUUGUGCGCUCUGAAGCAUGAUUUGGGUCAAGGCGCUCGUUUUCAAGUUGAAUAUGACAAAAUCAAGAAAUCAAUGAACUUGGAUCCUGACCUGGACAAUGACGCAGUAGUUGACUACAUUGAGAACGUUUUUCAAGGGUUUUACAAAAUCGAAUUUCCAACUCAAGAGCAGUUCUUCAAAAUGCAAGAAUUGGUAAGAAUUUUUGAAUUAUUUCUUGGAUUUUAGGUACAUUGAAGAGGUAAUUGACAGCGAGAAUGGGAUUUUUAAACGUUUUAGCGGUCGAGACUAACUUCCAAUUUAGUUGCCGACCUUUUUUUCAAAAAUUGGCUCAAAAAUCUGGUUUUUUUGAAUUUUCUCUUCAAAAAUUCUUGAUAAGUUUGCAACAAAUGCCAAAUUCAAAGCUCAAAUGCCCUAUUAUUUCUAACUAAACCAAAAUUACAUACGUGUUUCACCAUUAACCAUAAUUUUCGACCUUAUUUUAGUCACUUCCUCCAUACCUUAAGCCCGAACGGGAAAUUUUCCGGAAUCUCAAGGCCUCUCGGCAAUAUGAAUCUUGUUUCAUAUCACAGAAAUUCCUCAGGGUUACGUUGGUCAGCACUGGAGACUUCAGAAGGCCAAUUUUGGUUCAGCAAAAAUCGGAAAAGGUCAAAAAGGAUCUGGAAGAAAUUAUGAGGUAAGUUUGGGAUUUUUUGGAAAAUUUUUGUGGGUUUUUGGGUAAAUUAAGGUAGGAUUGGACGGAAUAUAUGCUCUAUGGUGAUUGAAACGUAUUUUAAAAAUUUUUGACAAUUUUUUUUUUCGAUUUUUUUUCUAAAUUUUUUUAAAAUUUUUAUCCCAUAAUCUUUCCAGAAAGGCAUUUGGCUACAUAAACGAGCUCAAAGCGAAUCCCGUUUAUCUCCCCAGAGAACAAUAUUGCUGCCUUUUGAUCGACGAAACCGUAAAUACAAAGGUUCGUCGAGUUCAGAUCCUCAGACCCCUGUUUAAUCGUCUUCUCUGCCUCGAUGUGGACAGUGGAGAGUUUUUGAAGGCAUUUAUUCAUGAGCUUUUCGAAGCACCGCCCGACUUUUUUACCAUUCCAAGAUUGGUGGAACCAAUGGUUUUUGUAGACGAUCAGCGUGGAAGAAAGGAGUGCAUGCAGAAGAAUCCAGUGCCAUAUGUAAGUUUGGACUGGUUUUUUUGGCUUUGAAAAAAAACUGCAAAUUCAAAAAAAUUUUUUUUUGAAAUUUUGGAAGGUUGGAUUUUCCAAAAGGAAAUUUCCUAAAAUUUGACCCUUCGAUGUUGUUGAAAUUUGGUGAAAAUUUAGAACAGACGUUUUUAACGAGGAAAGUACUUUUAUGGGGUAUGGAGUUACAGGUCGAGUCAUAUAUCAAAAAAUUCGCGAAAUUUUUCUGAUUCAGAAUAUGCAAAAAUUAGCUGCCUAAUUUUGGUUUGUAAGGGUGAAAAAAAUCCUCAGAACUUUUCUUUUUUUUCGCAACACCACUCAAAUGCCCCCUUUUUUAAAUUUUUUACAUUGGAACUACUAAUUAAGGUGUAGUACAAAUUAAAUUUGAUAUUUUUAGGCUUGUAAAGAUACCAGAGUUUACAUUAACUCAAAAACAAGCUUUUGAUUUGGUAAAAACUUGGUCAAAAAGGCAUUUGCGUGGUGUUUCGAGAAAAGUUCCGAGGGUUUUUUUUUCACCCCUACAAACCAAAAUUAGGCAGCUAACUUUUACAUAUUCUGAAUCAGAAAAAUUUUGCGAUUUUUUUGAUGUAUGACUCGACCAGUAACUCCAUACCCCAUAGAAGUACUUUCCUUGUAAGACAUAUGCGAGAUAUUUGUUAUUGAUUUUUAGAUCGAAAAAUGGUAAAUUCGAUUUUUUGAACUUCCGAUUUUUUGAUUUUUUGAUACUUUUAAACAUGAUGUGUUAGAAAUGAGGUUUACAUUGACUUUUACAAAAAAAAUCUGUUUUCCCAAGCAUUUCCGAAAGGUUAUAGUCGAAGUGUUUUUUCUCAUCAGCGCCCCUCACUUUAUGUGUGCUCUCGGCAAAAAAAAUGAAUAUCUCGGCUUCCAUUGCAACUCGUAGGCUAAAUAUUUGCAGCGAUUAUUGCAGUGAGGGACCUGAUCCAGUGGCAGAAAACGUACCAUUUUGCAUUCGGGAGGCAUCAAAAAUGUGGCAAAAUGCUUCCCUCUCCAAGUGAAAAUACACGGAAGCAUUUUGCCACAUUUUUGAUACUUCCCGGACGCUAAAUGGUACGUUUUUUGCCACUGGAUUGGGUCCCACACUGCAAUAAUCGCUGCAAAUAUUUAGCCCACGAGUUGCAAUGGAAGCCGAGAUAUUCAUUUUUUUGCCGAGAGCACACAUACAGGGUGACCCAAAAUAACGGAGACAAAUUUUGGAAGGGCCCACCGCGAAACCCGGGCGUUAUAGAAACACAAGCGACAGUGGGUAAUAUUCUAUAAGACUUUCUCUAUAAUCCACGAAAAUUUGGCGGAGUCAUCAUGUCGCAGGAAAAAGUUACAGCUUAACAAAAAUGCCUUGCGUCGUUUUUUUGGCCCUCAAUUUUGGUUCCUUUGUGUUGUGUAGAGCAUGGCUGUACAACAGCCGCAGAAAUGGCAAGUUCAUUUGUUUUGCUAGACUACUACGUCUCUAAGCAAGCAGUUAUGUAGGUUUCUGGGCUACGGUUUUUAUUUCUACGGUGGUACCAAUCUCAACAUUGAAGAUCGCCAUUUUUUCCAAAUUUUUUCGAUAAAAAAUUCAGUUUUUUUAGAAUAAAGCUAAAACCGCUAGAACUUAUUCUAUUCAUAAAUACAAUAAUUCUGGAAAAAGCUGUGAUUGCUUGCUGGUUGCAACAGAUUUUCCUUGACAAGUUUCUCGCCCAGAACUACCCCAUGGCACGCGGCUUUGAGAAAGAUGGGUUAUCGAUAACAAAAUGACAAGAUAGAUAAAAACGGCGCAUUCUGCUCUUGUACACUUAUGAAUACGACUCUUGAGAAUCGGCCUAGGGCACUUUCGGUCUUUAUGUGUCACCGGCUCGACUGGUAUUCCGCCUAAGGCAAAAACAAGGCACAAUUCUAGUGAUUACCAAAUAGCAUUCCGUAGCAGUUACAAAAUGUUUCUCUUUUGGUUUUACGGUGUUCCUUUAAUCAUGUUCUAGUAACUCAUAUUACAUUUUGCCUUAUCUAACAUUUAAACUCCUUUUUACCGAUACAUUUCCAAAAAAGGCCGAUUUUUGCACUUCAACUCCCUGAAAAUACUCGGCUGUAACUUUUGAACCAUCGAUAGCUGAGCUUAGUACGAUGGCUCGUUUUAAAGGCCAUAUUAUGAUAAUUAAGCACAGCAAAUCUCAAACUAUUCCGAAUUUUCUUUUUUGAGUAAGGCAGCUUUCUUGCAAAAAGACCCCACGGGCAGAAAGGUCCGAGUCAACCGGAUAUAUUGAUGUGGUUCAAGGCACAAGAGCGUCGUACAACAAAACUUCCGGUAUAUAAAACUACACUAACGUGGUACUGUAGUAUAAAUAAGGAAUCACUCAUGAAUCUUCAUAGGCCGCAGAAAAAACGGGAAAUCUUUUGUCUCCGUUGUUUUGGGUCACCCUGUAAAGUGAGGGGCGCUGAUGAGGAAAAAAAAUUUUUCGGCUAUAACCUUUAGGAAAUGCUUGGGAAAACAGAUUUUUUUGUAAAAGUCAAUGAAAACCUCAUUUCUAACACAUCAUGUUUAAAAGUAUCAAAAAAAAAAUAAAAAAAUCGAAUUUACCAUUUCGACCUUUGGAGGAAAUCUGGAUCUUACACUUAUACCUUUUGGUAGUGUUACAAAAAAAUUGUCUAUUUCCCCAAGAAAUCUCCUUUUUAUCAUUUGUUUGAUUUUUGAAUCGAGUUGGCAUUUUUUUCGCCGUAUUUUACCAAUUUUUCACUUUCAGUUUGGCCCAGAAGCCGAAAUGGAAGCGGAUGUUCUCCAACGAAUCUUCGACGCCGCCUUCGACAACAACCUCAAACACCCAGCUCAAUGUCUUGGCGGCCCUACCAGAGACCUCCAGAAGGACUUUUACACUGUCUCUGACAACGGAAGAGAACGAAAAAUGAAGACGUUCAAUUUUGUCGUCAAAUUGAACAGCGAUGACCUGAUGGAGACGGGAGAUAUCCUAUUUCCUAGAGCCAAAGGCGGAAGCUUUACGAUUCGAACCAGCAAAGAGCAGGAAAUUUAUCCACAGAAGUUGAUCGCUGAUUACAAAUAUAAUAGAAGGAGCUUUGUGGAGCCUCUGGAGGUGAUCGAACGCUAA